UAGUAUUGACAGUGUUUAAUUAGUGAGCCUUCUAAGUUAAAUAAGGGAAAAUUCGCUCAAGCUUUCGUUAGCUCGACAAUUAAAAAUAGAAAAAUAUUCAACAUUUCUUUCAUUGCGCUUGACUAUAUUAAACAUUGCCAAAUGAGGAAAUACGCAUCUUACAACCAGGACGAAAGCAAUCCCUGCAAGGCAAGAAUAGCUACCAUUUGUAACGUAACACAAGUUCACAUUUUAAAAGUUCCGUGUUCUUAAGUUGUUUUGAUGAAACACUUUCCAGCACCUGCUACCUCUUAGUAACCUGUUUACGCACUCAUUCCAUUUUCAUUAAAACAUUUACACUUUCAUCACACUUUAUCAAACCUUCCUGUGACGAAAGAACAUGUAUCUCUGGAUGCUAACCCUUGUCUGCACGACUGUGUACGGUAUUAGCCGUAUUUCACAGCCAGAUUUGAAAGCUGUCAACUUCGCAAAAGCGAUAGCGGGAUACAAGCUCAAUGGAAGCGUAAUCAAGGAAAUAGAAGUGGAUACGGAACGUUCAUGUCAGGUUGCGUGUGUCAGUGAAGAGACGUGCCAGUCUUACAACUUUGGACCCACCAAUGGCACAAAUACUGCAAAGAAAAACGCUGAAAGAUUCGUGUGUCAACUGAGCGACUCGGAUCGAUUCGUUGGUUUUGCAAACUUCGCCAAAGAUAAAGACUUCAUUUAUAAAGGACGCCAGAGUGCCUGUGAGAAGGACAGUUCUCCUUGUGGUGACAAAGAAAUCUGCAUCCCCAACUAUCAAGAUGACACCGUGCAAUGCAAGUGCAAAGAUGGAUUCAUGGGAACGCCUUGCAAACGCAAAACCUGUGCCAAACUUCUCCAAAUUGGUUUCACAUCCAGUGGCGUGUACUCAAUUAGUCUAGAUGGCGGCAAACCAAUACAAGUGUUGUGUGACAUGACCACGGACGGUGGAGGUUGGACAGUUUUUCAGCGACGUUUAGACGGCUCUGUUGACUUCUAUCUUGAUUGGGAAUCCUACAAAAAUGGCUUUGGAGAUCUGAAAGGCGAGUUCUGGCUCGGAAACGACAAUCUCCACCAUCUGACAGCCACUGAUGACGUCAUAUUGCGAGUUGACCUGGAAGACUUCGAUGGG